AUGAAAUCUUCAUCAUCUAGUGCUACUCCAAUGUUUUGCAUUGAUGUUGAGAUUCCUUGUGAUACUCCAAAUAAUUCAAAUGAUGCUAUCAAAACUGAUCAAUCAGUUGCAGCUUCUUCAAGCAUCCCAUCGAAUCUUCAACAGCCUUUAAAAAACAUGAGGCAGGUUGGAUGGAAUUCAACAUUUUUAAUGCUAGAUGUUGUCGUGAAAUUCGAAACAACUUUUGACAAGUUGGGGGAGCAGGAUUUUAAGUAUAGAGAUGAGCUUUCAAGUUCAAAAAUGAAGGGUCUACCUACAGACUUAGAUUGGGACCAUGCUCGUGCUUUAUUGCCAUUUUUAAGAGCCUUUUAUGAUGCUACAUUGAAGCUGUCUGGUUCUUCAUAUGUUACUAGCAAUUAUUAUUUUCAUAUUGUGUUUGGCAUUGGAAUGAGAAUUAAUGAUAAGCUAAAUGAUCCAAACUCAAGCAUAAAACUUAUGGCUUCAAAUAUGAGGGAAAAAUAUCAUAAGUGUUCGGGGAAUGUGAAAAAUUUUAAUCCACUCUUAUUCAUUUCUAUGAUUUUAGAUCCUAGACAUAAGAUGGAUUAUGUAAUCUUUUUUAUUGAAGAAGUUUAUGAUACUGAGAAAGCUGAGCUGUUGAGUGAAAUUGUAAGACAGACUUUAAGUGAGUUGUUUGAUCAUUAUAGUUUGUUAAGUGGUAAAUCCCAAGAGGAACCAAGUGUUGUUUCUCAAUCUAAUGUCUCUAGGGUUGAAAAUGAUGAGAUGCUUGACUUGAUUUCUUAUUCCAAGACCAAGUACAAAAGGAAAAGGGCUGAAAGUGUGCUUAGUGAAGGAAAAUCUGAACUUGAAAAGUAUUUGGAGGAUAAAGUAGAACCUGAUGUUAAGAAAUUUGAUUUGUUUAAUUGGUGGAAGAACAAAAGUCAGACCUAUCCCAUAAUUUCUAUAAUGGCUCGAGAUAUUUUGGCAAUUCCUGUAUCUACAAUGGCUUCAGAAUAUGCUUUCAGCACUGAAGGUCGUGUUCUUGACUCAUUUCAGAGUUCUUUAACUCCAAAAAUUGUUGAGUGUCUCAUUUGUGCACAAAAUUGGUUGAGAGCAUCACCUGUAGCAAUCCAAAAAGAGGAACAAAUUGAAGAAAUGUUGAACAUUGAGAGUGAUUCUGGUCUGGAUGAUGGAGAGCUGACUGUAAAACUAAACUUGAAGGCUGAAAAGUUUUCAACAUAUGCAAAUGAAAAGCUUGAGGUUGUUGGUUGUUCUCUCAUGCAUGGAUGA